AUGAUCGACACCUCCCGGACUCUCGUCCCGGGCUCCCGCGCAGAGCAAACGGAGCCGCUGGAGCUGCAGUUGCUGUCCACGCGCCGGCAGCGCGGCCAUUGCUGCCCGGCACCCCAUCCCGGUCCCUCGCUGUGCGGCGGCGGCAGGAGCUGCCCUGCCCCAUUCCCCCUGCGCUGCUGGGCCCUGCGGCACCGGGCCCUGUCCGGACCUGCUCCGCUCACACACGCACGCACCGCACGGAGCCCGCACCGGGCCGGCUGCGCCGGGCCACCCGCACCGGAGGGCGCUGCCUGGCACCUCAGCCGCUGCUCCGCCCUUCCCACCUGGAGCAGCUCAGCAAGCAGAGGCCAAAGCCCUCCUUCCCUCUUUCCCUCGCUCCCACAGGCUGGGCAGCUGCCGGCUGGCGGGCGCCUCCUGCCCGGCCCUGGCUGCGCAGCUGCUGCUGGGCCCCGUCUCAGCUGCCUGGACCUGAGCGACAACGAGCUGCGAGCCCAGGGCGUCCUGCAGCUCUGCCAGCAGCUCCGGCAUCCCGCCUGCCCGCUGAGGAGCCUGGGGCUGAGCACGGACGGAUUCAGCCAGGCCCUGCUGCAGGAACUGGACGCCCUCCGGGCCCUGCAGCCCGGCCUGAACAUCGGGAACCUCCUGGAGCACGACCUGCCGCAGGCCGGGGCCAUGGCCCGGCUGCCCUGCCACCGCGGGGUGCUGCCGGGGAGCAGGAAGGCGCUGCCCUCCUUCAGGAGACCUCCCAUCCUUUAGGAACAUCCUUCCAACAAACAGAGCCACUCCUGGCCCGGCUCUCUGUGCUGAGAGUGGGGCUGAGCCUGCCCCACCCUCGGGGCACAGGCAGGAGAUCCUGCUGCAUCUGUGGGGCAGGAUCUGGGUCCUGUCCCCUCCCUUUUGUCCUCGUUGU